AUGCCCCGAUACGCUGCGCAAACACAGGUUUGCUUUACGAAAGAUUGGACUUCCUUUCCCAGGAACCUCAAGGUGCUUUCCCAGUCGAAUAUGAUGAAAGUCAUUGUGGCAGCCCUACUUUUAUUUGGCAAAUUAGGAAUCUUAGCAACCAGUCCCACAGGUCACCGCAAUAUUCACCCAUCUAGCCCUGGUCGCAGUGAUCGUUCGAGAAGUACAUCUCCACAAAGCUUUCAUAGUGUUGCUUCAUCUUUCAAUAGUCCAGAACGCUCAAAAAGUCCAAAAAAACAUGAAGAAAUCGUUUGGCAUGAUAAAGCAAUCGUUGCAAGACAUGAUGUGCUUGGUUGGAUUGACAAACAUGUACUGAAUUCUAGGGAAAUUGGUCAAUCCAGCUCGAGCAGUAGUCAACAUCUGGCCACUUUGAGUGCUGGUCAUACUUCUCGCUCACCACCAAGUACAACACCUCCAAUCUCACCAAGACGAAUUGUUCAAAGCCAAGCUUAUACGAGCUCACCAAGGAAUGGAAGGCCACCCGUGAGAGAAAGGGAGAGGCACUCAUUCACGCAGUCUACAAGCCCAAACCGACCGAGACAAAGAGAAACAGGAAAUACUACGUCAAGUACAUCACGCGUCGUCUCUUCUGUUCCACGACAUCUUCGAUACCGACCUCGUCUAGAAAGAGACUUUCACGAAAACGAUGGGUAUGAUCUGCGACAUACGAGCCGUGAAGCUGUUGAGUAUGACAGCAGAAGUCAAUUUCAUGGAAUGUUCCUCCAUGAACACAGAAUGCGUGAUCCACAUCAAUCAAUGUUUGUUGGUAGUCAUGAAUAUGACAACCGACUUGAUCCAAAUACUCCGCCUUUUGGCGAAAAUGAAACGAAUAGAAGACAAACAACUUCCCUUUCGCCCUCAAGCAGUCGUACUUCCCCUUCCACCAGAUUAGCUGGCAGAAAUAGGAGAUACUAG